AUGGAAGAUCCAGCAGUAGUAGGUUGUAUUACCGUAGAAUGGUUAAAUUCACAAGCUAUGACUACAAAGAAAGUUCUGUACAAGUCAGGAAUGAUGAAAAUUCUAAGAAAUGAUAUUCGUGAGUUGUUUAUUGAAAUAUCACAGGACAAAAUGCAAUCAACAAAGCUUAAAUUGAAGGAUAUUAAUGUCCAUAAAAAGUUUAUGGCCGAAGGAAAAGCCAGUAUUAGCUUUAAGAAUGAAAAAUGUACAGUUUUCAUCAAUAACUCACCACCAUCCAGUUUAAUGAUGUUUCUUAAAACAAUUUACAUAAAAUUGACAAAAGAUCAGGAGGAUAAUAAAAGUAUUACUAAGGAACAAAUGCAUAAAAAGUUAAGAGAACAUUUGCUAUCAGAAAAAUGCAGUCAAUUUGAUGAAAUCUCACCAAUCACUAAUGCUGAACUGGAUCGUGCAAAAAAGCAAGCAAUAAGUAAGAGUACAUUGACAACUCCCUCACCUGGAUCUAAAAAACGUCGUUUAAUCGAUGCAAAGCAAAGUGAUAAUCCAAAAGCUCCUAAACAGUUGUAUGCUCCAAAAGUUAAGGAAGAAAAUACAGAAAAAAGUUUCAUGGCAAAUCCAAAUGAAAUUGCACAGUUGGAGAGACUGAAUGAUGAACAAAAUGCUAUUUUACAAGCAUGUAUGAGUGGACGUAACGUGUUUUUUACUGGAAGUGCUGGAACCGGAAAGUCUUUUUUAUUAAGGAAAAUCAUAUCAACAUUUCCACCACAAGGAUUGACAAUUUGUGCUUCUACAGGAGUUGCUGCAUGCCUUAUUGGUGGCGUAACUUUACAUUCUUUCGCUGGAAUCGGUGCUGGUGAUCAUAGCUUGAAAAGAUCAAUUGAAAUGGCUCGAAGACCUGCUAUUUCACAAGCUUAUAGACGUUGCAAAAUACUCAUCAUUGACGAAAUCUCUAUGGUCGAUGCUGAUUUCUUUGAUCUGAUUGAAGCAGUCGCUCGAGAAGUUCGAGGAAAUGACAAGCCGUUUGGGGGCAUCCAAUUAAUCUUAUGUGGUGAUUUCUUUCAGCUUCCACCAGUCAUUAAGAGACAACAAGGAAACGCGUUUGAAGGUAUGAAUCAGCCACAGCGUAAAAGGUUUUGUUUUCAAGCAAAACAAUGGCAAAACUGCAUUAAUGCAUCAUUUGAACUGAGAAAAAUCUAUCGACAAAGUGAUCCAAAAUUUGUAGAAAUUCUCAACAGCAUAAGAAUUGGACGAGUCACACCUGAAAUGACUGAAAAACUAUUGUCAACAGGUCGACAGAAAAUUGAAUUUAAUGGAAUCAUUGCUACUCAGCUUUGUUCUCAUACUCAAGAUGCUGAUAGCAUUAAUAAAAGUCGUUUGGCAAGUUUAAAAACUCCAGAGAAGAUGUUUGAGGCAACUGACUCUGAUUCUUAUCUCACAAAUACUCUUGAUUCUCAACUUCCAGUUCCACAUAAAUUGACAUUAAAGGAAGGAUGUCAAGUGAUGUUGCUCAAAAAUGUCAAUUUAAGUAAUGGACUUGUGAAUGGUGCUAGAGGAGUUAUUAAGAAAUUUUCUGAAGGAUUUCCUGUUGUGAGAUUUAAGAACAACGUUGAAUAUACAGCAAAGCCUGAAAAAUGGACAGUAAAGCUUGCUAAUGGCACAGUUUUACAAAGAAAACAAGUUCCUCUUAAAUUAGCAUAUUGUAUAAGUAUCCACAAGUCGCAAGGAUUAACACUCGAUUGUGUAGAAAUGUCAUUAUCUAAAGUUUUUGAAGCUGGUCAGGCAUAUGUGGCACUUAGUAGAGCUCAAUCUAUGGAUAGUCUUCGUAUAUUAGACUUUGAUGCCAAACAAAUUUGGGCAGAUCCGCAAGUGCUCGUAUUUUAUAAAUCAUUUCGUCGGCAAAUUAUGGAUAUGCCAGUAAUGAUUCCAUUGGGUGGUCAAAGAAAGAAGCAAGACGUAAAGAAAAUCGUGAGUGGAUUAAAAAUAGCUAAGUCAAUAAUGAAUAAGCCUUUGAUGACAAUCAAUUAA